AUGGAGAUGAAGACGGGGCGAGGAAGAGAGACCGGAACCCGGAUUGCGGAGACAUUGCCCCAGCAGCCCAGGGAGUUGAAAGGUCAUACUAAAAGUCAGGAAAUCGGCAUUGAGGCUUUCAGCGAGCUCGCGGACCUGCUCGAUCGCUCCGGCGACCUAAAGCACUAUCGAAACAUAUCAGAGGAAAAUGAACCAAAGAGCGAACGAUUGCCGGAUAUACCGUGGAUGGGACUUCAUAGUAUGAGAAGAGAAGGACAAAUAUGCACGCUGGCGCGAAAGACACGUGUCAGGGUGCCGGGAGGCGAUGUUCUGGGGCCCCCAAGCACCAUGAAGACGCGCCUAGCCGCCGCCUACGGUAACUGGAAGAAGCUUCACGGCAAACAGGAUGCCAUGAAAAAGCGAGAGGAGAGGAUUGCCCCCAUGCGGAAGGCGCGUGAGCGUGCCGCGUAA